UUAAAUCCUGGGCUUAGUCCAUUGUUUGUUUAUGUCUUCUGGCCCGUUUCGUGGGUUUUGUUUAAAUCCUGUUAUGUUUGGGCUUCGGCCCUGGGCUUGGCCCAUCUAUUAAUAAAAACAAUUUGGGAAAAAAAAAAUUCAAAAAUAAUUUAUUAUCCUCUUUUCAUUUUGGAACAUGAGAGGGAAAGUAUCCCGCCAUUAGCAAAACCGCAUAACCUUUCGCCACCUUCCGACAUCAUCAAGCUCCCUCGGUGGCGACUUUUGUAUCCGACUUUCUCCGCCGGAGUGAUACCGUGCCGUUGUAGAAGCAAAUAACCCCCAAUUGAUUCUCAAAUUGACGAAGUUGCGGUAGGGAAGGUAAAAGUUUGGUGGAACAUCUGCAGCAUGUUUAAGAAAAAGCUAUGAUUAAUUCAGAUCAAGUAAGCAGGAGUCAUCUCCCUGAAGUUCAGAAACCUAAAGCUCCUCAAACCAAUUGGUCAGAGCAUGCAAAUGCGUUCGAAGAUCCAUCUUCCAGGACUAAGCAUUUGAGCUCCGGUUUCCUUUACGCUCUAGAAAGUCAAAAGCCUAGAAAAAGCAGUGAUAUGGCGGCGAGGUCAAUUGCGUUUCCCAGUGUGAAUGCGCAUACUUUGGCGCCCCCGCAAAUUGCAAAGGCUUGGCGUGCUCUUUCAAGUCUCUCACUAAACAAGACCUACCUAAGACCUGGAAUUACUCCCCCGGUUGAUGAUGGUGGCACCAACGGCUCGUAUUCUGCAAGAGAGAGAUCCACUGUGAAAGUUACAUGUAGCACUGAUGGUUCUUUUUAUUCGAACAAUCAACAAAAUCAAAGUCAAAUGGGUGUACCAGGAACUGGAAGAAGCUUUCACAGCUUUCCUCCCCCUGUCCCUGGUGAUGGUAAAAAUUUUGCUGAAAAGUUUCGACGGAUAAAUGAUGAGACCAGAGAACCAGAAACUAGUUCCGCGCAUUUAAAUGGUGUGGAGAAACCAUUCAAGAAUUCUACAUUCGCAGCUGAGCAGUUGGGAUCUGGAGAAGCAUGUCUUGAUGAGAUUGAUGAUGACAUACUUCAGGUAAUGUACCGGUUCACUUACCGCAUAAUGUUCCCUUAUUUAGCACUCUAUGCAAAGAAGCUAGUUUUAUUAAUCUCAUGCUUACGGCUUUGUGUUGAAAAUAUGUUAACUCAAGCAUGUCAACACUUUGCAAUGCAGAAUAUUGAUGUCGACCAAAUUAUGAUGGAACACUACCAAUCAACAAGUACUCCUCCGUCAUCUGUAUCUAGUUUGCCAUCGAGAACUCCACCUGUGGAUAGAAGUGCUUCCAGAAGAGAAGAAGAGUGUUCUCUGCCUCCUGAACUAUGUUCUAACUGUAGUCAUGGAAUAAAGCUAGGGCUUUGUCCUGAAGCUUCAACCCAUUUGGAACAAAUGAAGAACAUGUUGAUUGCAAUAUCAAAUGAACUUCUUGACGAUGAUACUGAUCUGAGUCCUGAUCGUAUUCAAGAGCUUCGGCAAGAGAGGUUACUGCUGAAGAAGCAAAUUCAGCAGCUCGAGGACCAUAUUCGAGAUAAAGAAAAGCAAAAGUCUCAGUUUUUGUCAUCUACAGCUACUCGUGCGUCACAGUAUGAAACACCUAAAUCAACAAAUCUAAGAUUUGAUCAUCCACAAACUGAUUCUCGAGCACACUUUAAUGAGCAAGGAAGAUAUGCAUCUGAUAGCUGGAACAUGCCAAAAGAUUCUUCAUUUUCUGUAGAUAGGUAUGGUCUUUCAUCUGCUCCUGUAGAGAGAGAACAAUACGUUCCGAGGAUUAUCGAGGUGACGUACACUGAAGGUUCAAACGACCAAAAGUGGAGCAGUCGUGAUUUUCCUUGGACGAGAAAACUGGAGGUCAGUAACAAGAAAGUGUUUGGAAAUCACUCGUUUCGACCUAACCAGAGAGAAAUCAUCAACGCGACAAUGAGUGGCUCUGAUGUAUUUGUGUUGAUGCCAACAGGAGGAGGCAAGAGUUUGACGUAUCAGCUCCCUGCUCUGAUCUGUCAAGGAAUAACAUUAGUCAUUUCUCCACUCGUGUCACUUAUUCAAGACCAGAUAAUGAACCUGUUGCAGGCAAAUAUACCAGCUACUUCCCUAAGUGCCGGCAUGGAAUGGUCUGAACAACUGAAGAUCUUUCAGGAGCUUAGUUCCGAGCAUUCUAAGUACAAAUUACUAUAUGUCACACCCGAAAAAGUGGCACAAAGCGAUUCUCUUUUGAGGCAUCUAGAUAACUUAAACUCUCGUGGUUUGCUUGCUCGAUUUGUUAUUGAUGAAGCUCAUUGUGUGAGCCAAUGGGGGCAUGACUUUCGACCAGACUACCAGAGUCUUGGUAUUCUGAAGCAGAAGUUUCCCAACAUUCCCGUGUUAGCUUUAACAGCUACCGCAACAGCCAGUGUGAAGGAAGACGUUGUACAAGCCCUUGGCCUUGUUAACUGUGUUGUGUUCCGGCAAAGUUUUAAUCGCCCAAAUCUAUUGUAUUCCGUUGUCCCCAAGACGAAAAAGUGUCUGGAAGAUAUUGACAAAUUUAUCAAGGAAAACCAUUUUGAUGAAUGUGGAAUUAUAUAUUGUCUUUCAAGAAAUGACUGCGAGAAAGUUGCUCAAAAGUUACAGGAGUUCGGUCAUAAAGCAGCAUUCUACCAUGGCAGCAUAGAGCCUACUCAACGUGCUUUAGUACAGAAACAAUGGAGCAAGGACGAAGUCAAUAUAAUAUGUGCUACCGUGGCCUUUGGAAUGGGAAUCAACAAGCCUGAUGUCCGGUUUGUUAUUCAUCACUCGCUCCCUAAGUCUAUAGAAGGCUAUCAUCAGGAAUGUGGUCGUGCUGGCAGGGAUGGCCAGCGAGCAUCUUGUGUUUUGUAUUACGGUUAUGGCGACUAUAUACGAGUUAAGCAUAUGAUUAGCCAAGUAGGAGUUGAACAAAGCCCCAUGGCAAAUGGUUAUAAUCGUGUAGCGAGUUCAGGAAGGUUACUUGAAACGAACACUGAAAACCUUCUCCGCAUGGUUAGAUACUGUGAAAAUGAGGUGGACUGCCGACGUUUCCUACAGCUAGUUCACUUUGGAGAAAAGUUUGACUCCACAAACUGCAAAAGGACGUGUGAUAAUUGUUCAAGUAGCCAGAGUUUGAUUGACAAAGAUGUCACUUUGAUUACAAGGCAAUUGGUUGAACUGGUGAAGCAAACAGGAGAAAGGUUUUCGUCAUCACAUAUUCUUGAAGUCUACAGAGGUUCCUUAAACCAAAUGGUGAAAAAACACAGACAUGAGACUUUGCAGUUCCAUGGAGCUGGAAAACAUUUAACGAAACUUGAAGUCUCCCGUAUCUUGCACUAUCUCGUAACAGAGGACAUUCUUGUGGAAGAUGUUAGGAAGAGUGAUAUGUACGGAUCCGUAUCAUCGUUGCUCAAGGUGAAUAAAUCAAAGGCUGCCUCACUCUUUUCUGGAAGCCAGACUAUAAUGAUGAGAUUCCCUUCUUCUGUAAAAGUAUUAAAGCCCUGUAAAGCUGCGCCAACCCCUGCAAAAGCUCCUUUAGUAUCAGCAGAUGCUCCUCCAGAAGAUGUGAAUCUCUCCGCCAUCAUGUACACAGCCUUGAGGAAGCUUCGUACGCUUCUUGUCAAAGAAGCCCCUGACGGUGUCAUGGCAUAUCAUAUAUUUGGCAAUGCAACACUUCAGCAGAUGAGCAAGAAAAUUCCAAGAACCAAAGAGGAACUCCUCGAGAUAAAUGGCCUUGGGAAGGCCAAAGUAUUAAAGUACGGUGAACGGUUGUUGGAAACAAUAGAGUCAACGGUGAACGAGUACUACGGAACCAGUAAGAAAGAAGAGUCCAUGAUUAGUCCGGAUUCAGGGAAGAGGAGAAGAGACGAGAACAUUAGUCCGAAUGUAACCGAGGAGGAUGAUGACUUCGCAGAGAGCUCAAGCCAGUCUUGCAAGAAAACGGUGAGAAGCAAAAGCAGUGAGGUGCUUCAUGGUGAAUGUGUAGCUGGAGAUGGAGUAGGUAUGGUCAUGGAGAAGCUAGAUUUUGAUUUUGAAGACGAAGAUGGGUCGGAGAUACGACCUGAGGGAAGAGUAUUACCCUGGUGAAGUAGUAACCACUGUGAAAUGUUAAAUUAAAUUGAUGUAAACUUAAAUAUGUUCUACCCCGUGGUGUAACUUAAUGAGCUUCGUUUCUGGCUGUAUGAAAACACCUACUCUAAAGAUAAAGCAUGCCUUCCUUUGUUAAUCUUAUAUUUAAAGUCUUUUAGCA